UCCUUGGUCUGAUGUUGCGCACAGAAUAUGCAGAUGCAGAAUGGGGCAUGGAGGAAGCAACGAAACAAACGAAAAUAUUACCGAUCAUUUGGCGCGUCUUCUGACAGAACAUGGUUAAAGUCGUCAGAUAUCAGAAGAAGAAAAGGCGAAUAAAGUAAAUAAUAACUAAAUUUGUUUAGUUAAUUUUCAUUUGCCUAACCGUAAAAGAAAUGUAUCUAAAUAUUUAUACCUAGUCAGUGGGGAUGUCUUGUAUUUUUGAUGGUGGAAGUAAAUAAAGAAACAGUGUCAUGUGGACAAGUCACCACAAGUCAGGACAGUUUCCUGUGGUGAAUGAAGAUGAAGAGGAAGUUGCAAUAGCUACAAUUUCCAAGAAUCUGACCAGUGAUGUGUCUCGGGAGGAGAUAUUUCGUGUGGAACAAGCUGUUUGGAAGAUGAAAUUUCGACCACCACCUCUGCCUUUUGUUCCCAUGUCUGUUGAAGAAGCAAGCUCUGCAACAGAUUUGUCACGGUGGACCAACACCAAAGUUCGAGUUAUUGGGACUAUAGAACCAAAUGUCAUUCCUUGGCUUGUCAGCGUUGAUGAAGAAGGAGGACCUUACCGUGUGGCUCUGGACCUCACAGUGAUUGACCCACCUCCGCCUUUCCAACAUUUGGUUCAGGUGUUUGGCUCCCUGGAAAUAGAAACUAUUACCAAAAUCCCUCAAAUUCGGAUUAUGUUCUUCCGCCGCAUUGAGCAAGCCUAUUUGAUACGAUAUCGCUCUGCUUUGGAGGCACAACAACCGUUUGUACCCACGUUUAUAAAGAAGAAGUCACGGCAACAACGAAGGCACGAAGAUUGCAAUGAGAGCAUAGAGGAAGUGGACCCAGAUAUUGCUUUGUUAAUGCAGCCUUGUUACAGAAGUUCAGGAAACCAGGCCUCCAUGUAAAAUGUGCCCUGAAUUCACAUUAAAUUGUACAAAAAGCUCAGUGAUAUCUAAUAUCCAAGAUUUGUUUGCAUAUGAGUAGCAGAUGAUAAUUUUAGAAAUAUUUUUAGGGGCAUGAACUUGUUAUCUCAUCUCAAGUAAGCAAAAAUUGAUGAUUGAUUAAGUUUACGGAAUAAAAUAACACUUGUGAGCUGUAGAUUUGAUUCCUUAUAAAAGUUUAGGUAUGCAGUUGACAGGGAUUUUGCUGGAAUAUAUUAAAAUGGCAAAAGAAAAAAAACAUACCAAGUAUCUGUGAUAUUAAAAAGUUUAUUAUUUGCUGAACAUUCAAACAAAGUCUUGUGAAGUGGAAGAUGGUUCAACAUCAGUUUCUAUUAUUUUCACAUAGUAGUUUGUAGAUAGGAUUGUAGAAAUUACAGGAUGGUACAGGUUAAUUAAUUAAUCUACAGAACCAGUGUUGAAAGAAGAAAUAUCAUUAUUGUAAAUAAUUACUCCAUUAAAACUGAAAUUAAAUGUAAUUAUAAUUGAGUUCAUGUUAUUUCCGGGUGUGAAUUUUAAUUUGUUAAUGAAAUUUGUAAACAAAAAUAAAUUUAUUUUAAUUGCAAAGUCAGUAAUUCUGUUUUCAGAUUUUUUGUUAUUGUUAAUCAUAAGACUGAAAGAUUUUAAUUUAUUGAAAUGUUGGAAAUUUAAUAAAUUUAAAUCUGUAGUGUCAUUAUGAACAUCCUAAAAGUUGUAACUAAUUAUAAUUAUACAUAAAUAUAUGUAAAUUAUAAUUAAAUUUGUUCAAAGAAUUGUCACCCUGAAUGGGAUUGUUUGAGCAAAUUUAAUUAUUAAAAUAUGUAUCUUACUCAAUAAAGUAGUCACAACGUGGAUUACUUUACUGUUUGCAGAACGUAUUUCCCAGCGUAAUUGCAUCCAAAAAAUAGGUGACUGCAUAGUGUCAAUUAUACACAUGCAAAAAGUACACAUAAGUAGUUUUUUGCGAUUUGAAAUGUUUUUUUGUGAAUGAAACCAACUCUUUUUUAACACGCUGGUUGAAAUGCUAUCCUUUCUGCUGUGAAAUUGCUUAAGAACAUGUCUCAGAUAAAUUGUUAAAUUAAUGAUCAGGAAGGAGUUUCCUGAUUAAAAAAUUAUAGUCAAUCAGUGUAUAUUAAUUUACAGUUUCUUAACUUGGAGAAAAUGUAUUCUUCAUUUACUAUAUUUCAUGGUCAAGUGGUUUACAUUCCAUUGCAUUGCAUUUUGUGAACUGUAAUAUAAUAUUAAUUGAAUUUACGUUCUUUUGUGGAUGCAAUUGUGUUUUUCUUUACAGUUUUCCAAUCUCACAAAAAAUUAAAAAUUGAAUAUUAAAAAGUAAUAGUAAAAAGUUAAUAUUGAAAAAAUUCUAGCAGUGUCGCCUCCUAAUCUUCUACUGUUGCUGAAUAGGAUGAUUUCUUCUCGGUCCUACAUCAAAUGGAUAUUAACACAUAUAGAAACAUCAUGUGGCACCAAGAGAAAUUGGUUUAUGCAAUAGUGGAGAAACAAGUGUGCAAGAGUUGACAGUCAUAGUAUUCAAAUGUUCCCAACAGUUUCAAUGUUCUCCAACAUUGUCAAAGUUUUUCCAAUAAUCCUAAUAUUUUCUUAAUAAUCCAAAACUUUCAAUGUUUUUCAACAAUUUAGAUCUUUUGCAACAAUUUCAAUGUUUUUACUGGUUUUCGUGCUUUUAUCUAAUACAAUAUAUUUUAGUAUACUCUAAAUAAAUA